CCUUUCUUUCCUUCCCUUCCGCAGCAGCUCCACUGCGACUAGCCUUUUCACUUCCCAGCUUCCACCCAUCAUCAAAUGGGCCAGCUCUUCCUGCUCAUACUAGCCCUCCUCCUCGCUUCCACUCGCGCCGCCUUCCAUGCCGACGCCGCCGCCUUCGCCGAGGAGAAGAGCAUAGCAGGGAUCAGAGGCAUGAUAGGGUCAAGGCCGCCGAGCUGCGCGGGGAGGUGCAGGUCGUGCGGGCACUGCGAGGCGGUCCAGGUGCCCAUUUCACCACAGGAGCUGCGGAAGAAGAAGAAGGAGCUUGGGCGCCAUGGAAGCCGGGAUUCUGCAUCCUACGGUGCAGGUGGGAGAGCAAUGCCUUCCUCCUACGACGACCACUCCAACUACAAGCCACUGAGCUGGAGAUGCAAGUGUGGGCGCCUGAUAUUGAGCCCAUGAAUCGCUCGGAUGCUCCGGUUUAGCUAAGCAGGGGGCUUGUCGAUAUUAAUAGUAGUAUAGGGUUUUGGC